AUGUCUUCAGAAAAGGUCUUACCAUUGCCAAGUCCGACCUCGGUAUCAAGCCCAACCUCAUCCGGCUCAGAGCAUGCUUAUGAAGAACAUGGCCCAGGCAUAGACCACAAGAUACCUCAAGAGGAUGCUGUGCAGUCUCAUCCUACGUUGUGGUGGAGUCGAACCAGACACCUACUGCGCGAACCUUUAUCUGAGUUCUUCGGUGUCUUUAUUCUUAUUUUAUUCGGCGACGGAGUCGUUGCUCAAGUCGUUCUCAGCGAUGGCGAGAAGGGAUCUUACCAAUCAAUAUCAUGGGGUUGGGGUAUCGGUGUGAUGUUGGGGGUCUAUGCGUCUGGGAUCAGCGGAGCGCACAUCAAUCCAGCAGUUACGUUCGCGAACUGUGUUUACCGAAAGCAUCCCUGGAGGAAGUUUCCAAUCUACUUCGUCGCACAGGUUCUCGGCGCCUUUAUUGCCUCAGGAGUAGUUUAUGCAAACUAUAAAUCUGCGAUCGAUGUCUACGAAGGAGGCACCCACAUCCGAACUGUCCCAGGUUACAGCAAUCACUCAACAGCUGGCAUCUUCUGUACCUACCCCGCCGAUUUCAUGACUAAAACUGGACAAUUCUUUUCCGAAUUCAUCGCUUCCACCAUUUUGAUGUUCUGCAUUUAUUCUCUACAAGACAGCGGCAACCUCGGAGCUGGAAACCUGACGCCACUUGGACUGUUUUUCGUUAUAUUUGGCAUUGGUGCUUGCUUUGGAUGGGAAACUGGAUAUGCCAUCAACCUUGCCAGAGACUUCGGUCCACGGUUGAUGUCUUACUGUCUCGGCUAUGGACCAAACGUCUGGAAAGCUGGCAACUACUACUUCUGGGUUCCAAUGGUCGCGCCGUUCUUUGGAUGUCUAUUUGGUGGCUGGCUGUAUGACAUGUUCCUGUUCACGGGAGGCGAGAGUCCUAUCAAUACACCUUGGAUGGGCUUCAAACGUAUCAUUAUGGGUAUCAGAGGUCUGGUACAAGGCAAACCUUCCAAGAAAGAGCCAGAACACGUGUGA